UAAUUUUUAUAGGUAUAUUACAGUUGCCUUUGGAGACUCAAGAAAAGUUUCGCUAAAGCAAAUUUCAUUAAAAAUAGGUAGACUGGCUAAGUUAAUUUUAGUUCUCCAGGAAAGACUUGGUGGUGUCUAAUACUUAACAUAUUUUCACUCCAAAUGCGUUUAUGGCUUCGUUCUUCUGGAAGUUUGCUGCUUAUGUUGAUCAUGACUUGAAGCAAAGACUAAUGAAUGAAUUACGAAAAUUGGUUCUGCAGUAAGACAGCAAAUUCAAUAUCUUACGCAAAAUGGCAAAAAGAUUUUCUCUAUUUGGACUGAGUCGGCGCAACUGCAACUUUAAUCAUACUGUUUACUUACUUCUGUUAUCUUUCUUUAUUCAUUCUUGUAGUGCAUGUUGGGGAAAGUCGGCAACAAAAUAUGGAGACAUGACCGAAGAUUACGACCUGCUUGUAGGAUCUGAUUUAAUUCUUAAUUGUACUCUCUUCACGAAAAGCCCACCCGAAGCUCCGGAAGGAGUCAACUCUUCGAAUCUUGUUUUUAAAAAAAGAAACCAAGAACUUACUGAUUUCACUCACCAGAUUGAUUCUCAUACUGCUCAACUAAAGAUACCAAACGCCAGUCAAAGUGAUUCUGGUUUCUAUCACUGUAGUCUCAAUAUUCCUUCCAAAGAGUUAGUCUGCAGCAGCAAAGUCAGCGUUGGGUAUCCUCCUCACAAUGUUUCUAACUUCAAGUGCAUUAGCCGUAAUUUUGAUAAUCUGACAUGCUCCUGGGAUAUUGAACCUAGUGGGGUUCCAACUAACUAUUCACUGCGCAAAACAUGGAUAUCUAAAUCUGUAUUACAACUGUGUCCAAGUGAAACGUCUAACAAUACUUUUUGCCAAUGGAGAGGUGAUACUGAUCCACCAUAUCAGAUUAGUACUCGAAAUCUUACAUUCUUUGUGCAAGGAAACAAUAGUCUCGGAUCUUCAUCCCAAGAAUUUUCUAUUGAUCAUUUUGAAAUAGUUAUUCCAAAUAGCCCAGAAAACCUUUCAACAUCAGAAACUGGAAAACAGCAUAUUUCAGUUUAUUGGUUACCUCCAGAUAUGCAUGAUGUGAUGGACAGUUCUGAUCUUCAAUAUCAGAUCUGGGUUGAAGAGAUUAAUUAUGAAUCUAAAAAAUUAGUUAUUAAUGCAGGAAAUGGUACAUCAAACUACACAAUCGAUGGAUUGAUUCCUUUUAUUUCAUACAAUAUAUCAUUACGCUGCCGAUCAAAAUACACAAAUAAAGAUGAUAUGUGGAGUCCUCUGAGAUCAUUAAUUGUCAGAACUAAUGCUGAUGUCCCAUAUUUAACACCGGAUGUUGCACCUGAAGCUUUUGAACUUCAUCAUUUUGAACAUUUUCGAUCAGUUACUUUAUAUUGGAAGCCUGUUCCAAAAAGGCACUUCAAUGGAGAAAACUUUCGUUAUUACAUUGUGUGUUUAGAAAAUUCAACAAAUUUAACUACUAGUGUUGUGAACUCUUCUGUUCCAUAUGCAGAGCUUAAAAAUUUACAUAAAGAUUUAGCUUAUAACCUUCAUAUCUAUUCUGCUAACAAUGAAGGCAUUUCAAGUCAUUUCAAGACUGUCAUGGUGGAUGUCCAAAGAAACAUUGUGCCUGGACCAAAAGAUAUAAGAGCUAUAUCACAUGAUCUUGGAUAUUAUAAUUUGUCAUGGACAAAACCCAACAUUUCCUCUCCAGUUACGUAUAUGGUGUUCUGGUGCUCUAGUUUAAAACCAUGGCAGACUCGUUGUGGUGGUCCAAUUCAGUGGCUAAAUGAAGCUUUAAUGGAGGAUAAUAUAAUUCUAAACUUAACUGAUAUUAUGAUGAAUUAUCAAUUUGCAGUUGUUGCUAAAUCUGAAAAUAGAAGUUCUGGCAUGCACUGGGCCUCUUGCAUUGUACCACAUAAAGCUGCUUUGGGAAAAAUACCUUAUGUACGAGUUGAGCAAAAGACUUCAACUGAGUUGCAAGUUAUUUGGAAUCUGGAUUGUAAGGCACAAACAGCUGUUGUGGAUCAUUAUGAAAUUUCAUACUGCCGAAUUUCUAAAUAUGAAGAAUGCAAAGUCCUAAAUGCAGAGCCAAAAGCAGAAAGUUUUCUUCUUCACAAUCUACAUCCUUUUUCAAAUUAUAGUAUCAAAAUACGAGCAUUUAAUAAAGAAAAUGUGUCAAGUGAAGACAGUGAAGCAAGGUACCAGACUACUUUAGCAGGUGCUCCUUCUGAUCCUCCAAGAAUUGUUAAAGUCAAGUCAGAAAGCAAUGCAUCAUUUCUUGUUAGCUGGUUUCCACCAUCUGAACCUAAUGGAAUAAUAACUCAUUAUGUUGUUCAUUACAAUAAUUCAAGAAAGCAAGUAAAUGCCAGAAAGCAGAUGAAUGACCAAACACGAUAUAAGUUGAUAGUUGCAGAAUUAAGACAUUACAAUAUUUACAAAGUGCAAGUUCAAGCUUGUGUUAGCAUACAUUGUUCAAAUUUGUCUUCACCAUCUUAUGUCUUGACUGAUGUUGGAGAACCUGGAGCUAUGGAUCCUCCACGUAUAGAACCAGUAAAUUCAACUCAUCUUAGAGUGAAGUGGUCUCGUCCAAUUAAUCCCAAUGGUCCGAUUGAUUUCUACGAUGUUCAGUGGAUGCCAGUAGCAGUAAAUGAUUCAUCAUAUCACAAUACAAUUGAGAGAAUACAUGUCAAGAGUCUAUCAACAUUUGUGAAGCCUAAAUGCUCUAAACUCGGAAGUGGAGGAAUAAAGUACCUUUUCUAUAUACGGGCAGCAAAUCAGAAAAAUGGAAUUAAUUUAUAUAGUCCUUUAUCUGAACCUACUGAAACCACAGCAUGCAACAUAUCUGAAGGAUUGGCUAUGAUCAUAGGAGCGGCAAUUGGUGGAACACUAGCAUUAGCUUUGUUUUUGCUUCUCAUUUAUAAAUUAGUAAGAUGGAUGAGUGAAAAAAUUCAUCAAGUUAAGAGUAUUACUGUUCGUUUGCCAAAAGGUUUGGAUGGCCCUGAAAUGAAUCCUUUGAACAAUUAUGAGAGUUUUAAGCAUGGCCUUGUUCAAAAUGCACAAAUUAGCAAGACAGAGAGAAUAUCGUAUAUCAUUGAUGAGAAUGAUAACAAAAAUAGGCAUGGUUCUGGAAGCUCUCAGUACAGCAACUCUUCAACAGAUGAGUUGAUUUUCAAAAAUGGGAAAUGCACAAAAUUUGGGAGGAAACCUAGUGGUGAUAGCAGUGGAUGCAGCAGUAUGUCUUCAAAUACUACACCAAGAAUGCAUCUCUCAUCUGAUUCUGGAACUGAAUCUGAUUUCAUUGCUUCCUCUCCUGAUUCAAUAAUACCAGAUCAAAAUAUGCAUCAUCUUCCUAAACCUCCUUUGCCAAUUUUGAUGGAAGUUCAUGAUCAUUCAGUGCCUGAACAGCUUCAUGAUACUCUACCACAACCAGAAUUGAAUAAGGAAGCCGCAAAAAAUGAUGCUUUCAAUAAUGGUGUGGUUUUGAAAAUUGACCAGCCUUACAGUAAAUUUGGCAUUUCAGGUAAUGGUCCAUCUACAGCACAAUGGCGAGUGAAUCCUUUAGUUUUUUACAGUUGCAACUUAGCAAACAGUGAACCAUCUGUGUUCGAGGCACAAAAUUCAGAAAGACAAACUUCUUCAGUUUUGGCACCAUAUUCAAAAAUUGGCUUGGCUAAAAGCAGUGGUGAUAUACUAAGCAUUUCAUCUAGGAACAAAACAAUGGGAUAUUCGAAAUUUGGACUUUCACAACCUUGUAAUUUUUCUGCUGCAGGAAAGCAAACACCUACUCUUGCUAUGAUGGUUAUUGAUGACCAUGCAUUUAAAGAGUUCCAACACUCUCAAAAUACUCCAGCAUCUAAAAGAUUAAAGACUGAUAACCUGGCAAAUAUUAAAGAAUCUCCACACAUAUCUGCUACUCAACAUGCUCAUGAAACUGACGAUGACUGCUGUUAUAUUAAAGUUGGUAGAGGAAGUAUUAUUCCCCAAAAGCCAUCACCUGGUUAUGUAUCGUUUGGUGAAGUGAAAAGAAUGCCAGAACAAAAUUCAUUUUCUUCACCUCCAGUGAAUUCUGCUGGUUCUGAGUUAAUACAAAGUACUUAUCCUCAGAAUAAUGCAGUUGCCUUGUGUGAUCCUGAAGUAGUGUGUAAUAAAUCUGCACAUAUGCCUAAGCAUAAGGAUGCAAAUGUAGAAGUGUGUGAUGGCAAUUUAUCUGAAGAACAAUUAUUUAACCAUGCACAAUUAAAAAAGAAUAGUAUAGAUUCACAUGUCAUUACAAUACCAUCUACUCAAUCUGACACUGAUAAUUCAAAAGUAUCUCAUGAGAAAGUACCUGUGAAUGACUUAAUUCCAGAAACAAUUAAUACAUUUAAUCCUUCUGUGAAUAAUCUCAGUCAAAUGUAUUGCAAUGACAGUACACAUUUUCUUUCAGAUUCUCAAAAUAUUUCCUCUAGUUGCAAUAACUCUGACCCUCCAGAGACUUCCAUUUCCUCUGAUGAGGAAUCAAAUAAAAAUUGUAUGCCUGAAAUGAGGAGUGUUGUUCGACCAGAGGAAAUAUUAUUGACCCCAGUAGUAAUGAGAAAUGGUUAUGUGCCAUUUUCUACACUUUCAGAUUCUGCAAUUGAACGAACUGUUUUAAGUGUGCCAAAUGCUGCAGAAUCAAAUGCUUCUUUGCCUGUUUUUCCCAGUGGUGUUUGCUCUGAAUCAGAUCAGAACUACAUUACACCAUCGAAUAAAAGUGAACUGAAGUUGUUACAAGAGGACUCCAUUUCAAAACCAAACCCAAACUUGCCAACAAUACAUUGUAAUGGGAAAAAUUCCAUAAACAGUCCCAAAACAUCUCUUCAGAGUGGAGUUGGAUUCAUAAAUGGGUCAUUAAAAUAUAUUUUAAAGCCAUUACCGAAAAUGGAAUCUGAAAUGUGUGAAGUGUAAUGAUAUCUGUACAUUGGUGCUUUUUUCUUUUCUAAUUAUGUAACAAAUGUAAUAUAGUGUAAAAAGAUGUUAAUUUCAAUUACAAUGCUCCAGAAUUCAAUAGCUCUAUAGCAGGGAUUUUGAAUUUAUUUUAUCUCAUGCACUCCUUUCACUACUGCUAGAAGAUCAAUAAUAUCAUCAUAAAUAUAUAUAUUUAUCUAGAUUUAGAUGAUUUUUGACAAGUUUUAUAAAUUAAACAGCAGAGUGUAGAAAAUGUUGAUAAGUAUUAAAACUUGAAUAAAUGUAUUUUUUUAUCUUCGUGAACUAAAACUAAAUACUUAACAGAAAAAUAAGAGAUUAUCUGCAUUCCUCUCCCUGAAACUAUGAAAUUCUCUCCUAGGGAACUAUUCCUCCUCAUUGAGAACCCCUGCUCUAGAGCAUUUAUAGUUGUUAUGCUGAAGAGUUCAAUAUCUCUUGAGGUCUUAAUUUCUACUUUUUAAAGGGGCAGAUCCCAAGGUUUUUCAUUUUUCUUUAAAUAUUGCAAAUUUUAUUUUAGCUUAAGGACAAAAUUAUUAUAAAUAAUAUUUUCUUAUUUUCCAAAAAGUUAAUUUUUACUUUUAACAUAUAGAAAAUUAUCUUAAAAUAAUAAAUAUUAAAAUUUAUAUAACUGACUAUUUUAUAUAAUUAAACAUUUGUUAGCUGUUUAUAUGUGCUCCAAAAACUUUGUAAUUAAUGUUCUAGUAUCAUAAAAUUUACAAGACAAUUUUAUUAACAACAAUUUAUUUAGCAGCAACAACAACGCAAAACAUUCUGGCCUAGAAUUUUAAAAUGAUUUAUUUCCGUCCCGCAUCCUUAUUUGAAUAUUUAGUGGAUUUACCCCAUUAUAUCUGUUUUUGCUUUCACUAACAUUGUUUUACUAAAAUAUAUGCACAAAAUUUUAUUAAUUUCAAAACAGUAAAGUGUAUUAAUUUUGUUACAGAACUCCCCCCCCCCC